AAAGCAAAAUGAAACUUAUUACAGUGAUUUUGAUUUGAACGAAAACGUUGUUGGACGACCACUUCUUCUUCAGAGCCACAAAACAGUUUUUUUUUCAAUAAUUUUUCUAUAUUUUAUUUAAGUUAAAGCUUUAAAAAAUAUUAUAAAAAACCCCACAAAAAGCGCAAAAUUAAAUUGAUUUAAAAAUGUUUUUCAAAAAAUUAAAAUAAAACAAAAGUGAAAAGAAUCAAGCAAUAAAAGAAUUUUUGAAGAAAUAAUUUAAGCUGUUCUACAAAAUAAAACAAAAAUUAAUUAAAAUUUAAGAAAAACAACCAGCAAUUCAAAGUUUAAACAAAUUGUGGAAUAAAACACAAAAUUUUGUUAAAAAAAAAAUUUGAAUAAAAAUAAAACAAACAUUCAAACCUAAUUUACAAACAAAAAAAAAACAACAAGUGUUUAAAAUUUAUAAACAAGUGUUUGCAGUUUUCAUUGAUUUGAAACAUUUCGUGUGAAGAGUUUGAACGAAUUUAUUUCACUUUAAAACAAAGGAUUAACAGUUUAGCAAAUUAUUUUUUGCUAAAAAGGAUAAUAAAUAAAAGAAUUAAAAUUUUAACAACGUUUUCAACAGAUUUGUCUCAAAUUAACAAAAAGUCAAAAUGAAUUUUGCCACAGCAAUUUAUGAUGGCUGGCGAGAUCUUAUGGACAAUAAAUCAGAUCCCAGAACGAGAGAUUUCCCGCUUAUGAGUUCACCCUUUCCCACAAUUGCCAUCAGUUUAACAUAUGCCUACUUUGUAAAGGUACUUGGUCCCAAAUUAAUGGAAAACAGAAAACCUUUCGCAUUACGCAAAGUUUUAAUUGUUUACAAUUUCGCACAAGUUAUAUUUAGUGCCUGGUUAUUUUAUGAGUCCUGUAUUGGUGGUUGGUUGAAUGGUUACAAUUUAAGAUGCGAACCCGUAGAUUAUUCAUAUUCACCCAAAGCUUUAAGAACGGCGCGUGGUUGUUGGUGGUAUUUCUUUUCAAAGUUCACUGAAUUCUUCGAUACGUUCUUCUUUGUGAUGCGCAAACGCUAUGAUCAAGUGUCGACAUUGCAUGUGAUACAUCAUGGCAUUAUGCCUAUGUCAGUAUGGUGGGGCGUUAAGUUCACACCCGGUGGCCACUCCACCUUCUUUGGCUUCCUCAACACAUUUGUGCACAUCAUCAUGUAUACGUACUAUAUGUUGGCGGCUAUGGGUCCCAAGGUUCAAAAGUACUUGUGGUGGAAGAAGUACUUGACUGUCUUGCAAAUGAUUCAAUUCGUAUUGGUAAUGGUGCACUCCUUCCAAUUGUUCUUCAAAAACGACUGCAAUUAUCCCAUUGGUUUUGCUUACUUCAUUGGAGCUCAUGCUGUUAUGUUCUACUUCUUGUUCUCAGAUUUCUACAAACAAGCCUACUUGAAGAGAGAGAAGGACAAAGCUGCAUUGAAGGCUGCCCAAGCAAACAGCAAUGGUGCCAUCAAAUCCCAUCAGAAUGGUUCUGCUUUCAGUAAAGAAGUCAAUGGUAAUACAAAAUUUGCCGAUACCAUGUCACAAAUAAACGAUUAUUGUAAUGCCACAAUUACAUCACCAACUGCCAAAACGACGAGACAAAGAGUAUUUGCUGCUGGCAAUAAUUAAUUUAUUAAUUAAAUGUUUAAUUAAGAAUUCAAAUUCAAUGAAUUUUUAUUUGUUCGUAUUAAUUAAUUAGGGCGUGCCGGCUGCAUGCGUAAUAUAUAAUAUGUAUGUGUUUUAUAUAAUUAAUUUAUUAAUUUUUUAAUAAACAUAAUUUGUAUUUAGUUUUUAAAAUAUUAUCUAGUAAUUGUAAGUUUAUUAUAAUAUUAAUAAUAAUUGAAUUACAAUUAGCUAUAAAACAAAAUAAACAAACAAGAAAAUUAAAGAAAUCAAAUGUCUAAUACAAGCACCUCUAUCUACACAACAGAUCUAUGUGUAUCUAAAUUAAGCAAAAAUGGUUCAAAUAUGGUUUAGUGGUUGAACACCACAUAUAUAGCCUCUAUUUUUGUAUGUAAAGGCUAAUAAAUCUGUAGUAAAAAAUUUGAUUGCUUUUCUGCUUUUUACAAUUUGCUAAUCGAAGUAUGGACCAAUAAAACUUUGUUGCUUAAAAUCAAAAAAAUACCUCUUGCAAAAAAGUAUUCAAAUCACUGUAAUAUUUAAUUCUUAUCUUUGAAAACUGUUGUGUGCGUGGAUUUGUGUUUUGUAUUGGAUUUACUAUUAUAAUCAGUUUUGCAAUAUAAAUUUUUUACGGUUUUACAAAAAUAUAUAUUUUUUUCUAAUUUAAUUUAACUGUGGCAAGCAAAAUAAAAAAACAUUUUAUGCUUAAAACUUUUUUUUAUUACAAAUAAUAAUUUACCAAUAAUUAUAAUUAAGAACUAGUUAGUAGUACUUUAUAAUAAUAAUUAUAAUUAAAACAAGAAACUUAAAAAAUAGGUGUGAUAUUCUGAAAUUUUAAUAUUUAAACAACAUAAAUCUCAGAAAAUUCUCCUACAUUUAAACAAAAAUAACAAAAGAUUACAAAAAAAAAAUAACAAUAUACUCGUUCGCUUUAUUUACUCACAAAAUUUUUUGUUAAUUUCUUUUGUAUUUUUUUCUAUUUAAUUUCUUUUUUUCUGGGAGUAGUAUUGAUUUUUCUAGAAAAUGUAUUUUUGUAAAAUUAUAAAAAACACACAAAUUAUUUAAGAAAUGUUUGUAAAUUUUUAAUUAUUGGAUGAUUGUGUACAAGGAGUUGAUGUGAAUAAAGAAUUUUUUGUAAAAACAAAAAUAUAAACAAA